ACAAUUUAAAUAAGGCUGUAACGUAGCAACAUUUGGAAAAAGUGAAGGGGUCUGAAUACUUUCUGAAUGCACCCUACCUCUUAGACAACUGUGAAGUGUCCACAGCAGAGCAGCUACAGGUGGCCUACUAUCAUGUCACAUAGGUUCUAGUGUAGGAUAGGACAGUUUACAUGCUGGAAACGAGGCUUACUGCUAUUGCUCUUUCCUACGGGAGAAGGCUCUUUCCUCGCUCGCCUAAAUAUUCAGUGCUGCAAAGAAAAGGUUCCCACAGUGCAUGUUCGCGACUGCACACUCCAUUUCAUCUCCGAAUUUAGUGCUCUCAGGCACAUGUUUAUAUGACCAUUUGUGACUACGACUGAUAACAAAACUGCGUGUUUCAGUCAAUUAUGAAAUUAGAAGAAGACGGAAUCUAAAUCCAACAGGCGCUGGCUGGCAACGAGAUUAACCCCCGGACCUGACUUUGGCUUGGUCUUAUCAUUCGAGACACCAUGAGGAAGUGCAGUCCCUGGACGUUUCUCCCUAUCAUGUACUCUCUCUUCACAGCUGCUGGACUCUGGGUUGUGUAUUUUAUAGCUGUUGAAGAUGAGAAGAUAACACCCCUGAGUUCAGAAUACAAGCGAUCUGGAACUAAAUCCCCUCCAUAUAUAAGCAUUGCAGGCAAUGCUCCCCCGGCCAGCUGUGUUUUUAGCCAGGUCAUGAACUUGGCUGCCUUCGUAGGGUUCAUCAUUGGUGUCCUCAGAUACCUGCAGCUGAAGCCCCGGGUCCAUAAACCCUGGCUCAAUAUUGGCAGUCUGGUGGCCCUGUCCCUGGCCUGCUUCGGCAUGACCUUGGUGGGAAACUUCCAGCUGUCAAAUGACGAGGAGCUCCACAACAUUGGGACGUCCAUGACGUUUGGCCUGGGGACGUUGUUCUGCUGGGUGCAAUCUGUCAUCACCCUGAAGGUCAACCUGAGGAACGAGGGCCGGAGGGCGGGCAUCCCUCGCUUCCUGCUGUCAGGGGCUGUCACCGCCUGCAUGCUGCUCUACUUUGCCCUGAUGGCGCAACGUCUUCACAUGCACGCGGCGCGGGCGCAAUGGGCGCUAGUCAUGUUCUUCCUGGGCUUCCUCGCCACCUUUGCCAUCGAGUUCAGACACUACCACUUCGAGAUUAUCUGCACCAACGACCGCGAUCCGCCUCUCAGCCUGUCAGAAACCUUCUCCGAGGUGUCAGAGUACCAGUCGGACCAGCUAUAGGGCGGCUCCAGAGGACAGAACCAGCUAUAGGGCUGCUCCAGAGGACAGAACCAGCUAUAGAACUUUGGAGUACUACAAAACAGUUAGGUUGCCUGUGGUUGUCAGUUGGGGGUAAUUUACAAAAUGAACAUGAUAUUUGUAAGGGUCAAGGGCUCCAGUUUGUCUCUGUUAGUUACUGAAGAAGAGUUAGUCAAUCACUACAGCAUGUCUGCCUGUUUGAACACAACCUGUGAACGACUGUCUUUCUACAACUACUGUACCUAGAGAUGAUCUUUCAAAAGCAACAAACUCUUUCCAUGAGCACAAAGAAGGCAUCAUUACCUUUGUCAUCUCAUCAACAGUAACAGGGGUGUUUGCUAAACGGUUUAAUUGAAGAUGGAUGUGCAUGAAGAUGGCUGUUUAUUAUGUAGCUGUGAGUUGUAGGAUAGAUAACUCAUAUCUCAGGUUGAUAGUGACACUACCCCUCUGACCUUCCUUUCAAAUGAAUGCAGCCAAAUCCUCAAUAGAAUGUGUGAUGGAGUCAUCACCACUCCCAUUUUGAGUCUUCUCAUUCUACCGACAGAGGUGUCCUGCUGCGUUCUCUCCAUUUCCUGUCCGUCUGUCUACCUCUAUUUUCAACCUGAAUUAAGACAAACCGUUUGUGAUGAAGCCGAUCUCAGCUUCUCUGUGAAGAUGAGUAGUACAGUAGUAUUAUCAUCCAGGUACAAUGCCAUUUUGAACCAUAUCACUGUUGCAGCCAUUAAACACAAGUCAUGGGAACCUUUUUCAGUGUUCUCUCUAUUUCACAUUUCUUAGUACAACACUAGGCUUUAUCAUUCAAGCAUAACUGACAAAUGCAUCUUAGUGUUGUACUGCUGUUUGUUAGAACAUUACAAUUAUAUUUUACAAUAAAACUUGCCUUUGCAUUCUGAUUGA